GGCUGCCUCAGCUCGAUUCUGCUCCCGCUUUGGCCAUUUUGCUCUGGAGGAAGCAAUGAGGAGGUAGCAGCGAAGGGGGGGAGGAAGAGGAGCCGGCAGCAGCCCGAGAGGGACAAGAUCCUGCAAAAGCAGCUCUGGCUCAUCUUUGCCCUUGCAAGCAUUGGAGGGCUUUUUUUUUUGCAAGGGGCUUUUUUGGGGGGUGGGGAGGAAAAGGGGAGCAGGACCCCAACCCCCUGAAGAUCCCCCCCUCCCAGCCCCGCAGGGUCAGCCCCCUCGCCCGCCCCUCGCUGGAUCUUCUGGCACCAUGAGCUGGGGGGCAGAGCUGUGGGAUCAGUUUGACAACCUUGAAAAACACACGCAGUGGGGCAUUGACGUUCUGGAGAAAUACAUCAAGUUUGUGAAAGAGAGAACAGAGAUAGAAAUCAACUAUGCAAAGCAACUUAGGAAUCUUUCAAAGAAAUAUCAGCCCAAAAAGAACUCCAAAGAAGAGGAUGAAUACAAAUACUCGUCUUGUAAAGCCUUCUUAGCCACUUUGAACGAAAUGAACGAUUACGCCGGGCAGCAUGAAGUCAUUUCGGAGAACAUGACCUCGCAGAUCACCACCGAGUUAGCUCGUUACGUGCAAGAACUGAAGCAAGAGAGGAAAUCGCACUUCCACGAUGGCCGAAAAGCGCAACAGCAUAUCGAAACAUGUUGGAAACAGCUUGAAUCGAGUAAAAGACGUUUUGAACGGGACUGCAAGGAAGCCGACCGAGCGCAGCAGUAUUUUGAAAAGAUGGAUGCAGACAUCAAUGUAACAAAAGCAGACGUAGAAAAGGCACGGCAGCAGGCACAGCUCCGCCAACAGAUGGCCGAAGACAGCAGAGCGGAAUAUUCAUCUACGCUACAGAAAUUCAACCACGAACAACAUGAACAUUAUUACACGCACAUACCCAACAUCUUCCAGAAAAUACAAGAGAUGGAAGAGAGGCGGAUAGUCCGGAUAGGCGAAUCCAUGAAAACGUUUGCAGAGGUGGACCGACAAGUCAUCCCCAUCAUUGGAAAGUGUCUGGAUGAGAUAACCAGGGCAGCUGAGUCCAUCAGUCAGAAGAACGAUUCCCAGUUGGUCAUAGAAGCCUUUAAGUCUGGCUUUGAGCCUCCAGGUGAUGUUGACUUCGAAGACUUCACCCAGCCAAUCAAGCGUGCUGUGUCUGAAUCCAGCCUUUCGAACUCCAAAGAUGGAAAAUCGGAGUCCAAGUUCAGUGGCAAAUCCAAGGGCAAGUUGUGGCCAUUCAUCAAGAAAAACAAGCCCCCUCCUCCACCCCCUUUCUCUGGCUCACCCUCUGCUGUUCCCAACGGCCCCCAGUCUCCCAAGCAGCAAAAGGAACCCCUCUCCCAUCGCUUCAACGAGUUCAUGAUCUCCAAACCCAAAAUCCACUGCUUCAGGAGCCUAAAACGUGGGGGUGCAGGACCUGAAGACUUUAGCAAUCUCCCCCCAGAGCAAAGAAGAAAAAAACUCCAGCAGAAGGUGGACGAGCUCAACAAAGAUAUCCAGAAGGAGACGGAUCAAAGAGAUGCCUUAACAAAAAUGAAGGACGUCUACAUCAAGAACCCACAGAUGGGAGACGCAGCCAGUGUGGAUCACAAACUAGCUGAACUUGGGCAGAACUUGGAGAAGCUGCGAUUGGAGGUCCAGAAAUUCGAGGGCUGGUUAGCGGAGGUGGAAGGCCGGUUGCCAGCACGGACCGAGCAGACUCGACGUCAGAGUGGGAUGUACGAGCCCCAGAACACCCUGACCGUCAACAACUGCGCCCAAGAUCGUGAGAGCAGCCCAGAUGGCAGUUACACAGAGGAGCCGAGCCAGGAGAGUGAGGUGAAGGCGCCGGCCACAGAUUUUGAUGAUGAGUUUGAUGAUGAAGAGCCACUGCCCACCAUUGGGACAUGCAAAGCAUUGUACACCUUUGAAGGCCAGAAUGAAGGAACCAUCUCCGUCACUGAAGGAGAAAUGCUCUUCGUAAUAGAGGAGGACAAAGGCGAUGGCUGGACUCGGAUCCGACGGAAUGAGGACGAGGAAGGCUACGUCCCCACCUCCUACGUAGAAGUGUUUUUGGAGAAGAAUGCCAAAGAUUCCUAAAACUGUUGGUUGUUGGCGCAAGAACCUCGGGGCGAGCUUGUCACAGGAGGAGAAACAAAUGGUCUGAUUUUUUUUUUAAAAAAGCACCCAAUUCACAUCAAGAUUUUUUUUUAAAAAAAAACCUUCUUAAGUAAUAAAACUCCCCUCCUGGGAACAGAGACAGCGAAGAGGGGAGAGACUGAAACUCCCCAGGCUAAAAGCAUAGCGUCCGUCCCAGAUCCUUUGAUGCCAUCCAUCAGUUGCUUGCUAAAGUCUCUGGCAUGCUACCCGCUGCAUAAACUAACUGUCCUCUUCUUCCUUUGUGUCACCCAGUGGGAUCUUCUGUAGAGCAUAAAAAGUUGUAAAAGACACCCUGAAAUUCCAGCUGUUGUUCCUCAGGACGUUUGCCUAGCUAAAUGUAUUCUUAAAGGAAUUUGAGUCGGGUGAUGGUUAUUCCCAUUUUACAAAUAGGGAGCUGAGGCCAAGAACCAGCGUAUUGCCACCCAGUGCCUUUAAGGCCACAGUGAGAUUCUAACCCAGCUACGUCUCCUUGCUGGCCCUGAUCCCUCCUCUACCAAUCCCCCUCCCCAAAAUGGAACAUAGGAAGCUGCUUUCUCUGGGUUCGGACUCUUGGUCCAUCUAGCUCAGUACUGUCUUUGACUAGCAGUGGCUCUCCAGGGCCUUGCCAGGGACCAAAUCUGAAGCUUUCUGCAUGCAAACCAUGUGCUGUGCUACUCAACUACACACAUACACAAGACCAGUUUUGGAGCAUCAGUUCCGUAUAGGUAGGUAGAUAGAGGCAUGUAUCACUGUUAUGCCCAGAUAGAACUGUUUUUAGAAUGUGCAAGAGAAAGAAUAACCUGCCCCUAGUGCAGCCCUUCCCUAUGUUUCUGCAUGAAUCACUGCUCUGGGUGGGUUUCUUAAUUGAAAGAAACUACCCAGAUCAGUGACUCCUACAGAGACACAGCAAGCAGCCUCUUCUGAACAUAGAGAAGGUUUUUUUUGCAUUGGAUAUGAUAUGCUUAUUCAGUCAUUCUUGAUGCUGAAGCACAACUGAAUUGGCCGACAUAAGAGGCCUGCAGAGCAGUAACUCACACAGAGUCACAGCUUAAGAAAAGGGUUAGGAAGCUGGGAGCAUUUAGCCUUCAGCCGGCCAGCAUACCUUAUCAGCUGCCAAGCCCAGUGCAGUCCAUCUGUCUGCCUAAUAUCGAUGGCCUGCUUCUUGCUUCAUGAAUUCUUGUUUUGGCAGAAUGGCUGCAAAAUCAGGAGGCACAUGGAGCCUGCACUGGACGACCACAAGAUGCCAGUCAACUGCUCAGGAGGCCUCAUCCCAUGUGGCUACGGUGAUUUUUGGAAACCCAGAAAUGUAGGCAGGGCCAAUUGCCAGUCACCUCCCUCCUGGCUGGUGCGGGGAAAGGAACUUCAUUUUUGGCCCCACUUGGGUGGUUGCCAGAUGUUAUCACAGCAGCGGGAACACGUGCCAUUUCUUUAAAGAGCUGAUUAGCAACCCCAGGCAGCUUUCAUAAUGGGGCUACCUUCUUGGGGUGGGGAGAGGACGCUUAACCACAAUUUCAGAUGCUCCUCAAAAGCUGCAGUUAGCUCUGCCAAGGGGUGUGUGAGAGAAGUCAAACACCCGUCCUCCACUGAUCCUUGACGAUCCGCUGAGACGAUCUGACAGCACGAAACACACACACGGCAUUGACAAAGACGAUUGCUCCAGAAAGCCACUCCUCUGGCUUCCAGUAUAGUGUAGCUGAAGGACCGAUUUACACAAAUUGGCCAGUGGCCACCAAACAGGAGACGCAAACUCAGCACAGCUGAAAAUUCUACCUGUUUUCUGUGAGUUUAUCACAUACUGACUUUCCAUGUUUAGCAGAUGUACACUUAAGAUGACUGGGGGAUAACACGUGACAGAUGCCACUUGGGAAACAAAUCAGCACUUUACGGAUUGAAAAUGUGCCUGGCAGUUAGGCAGAGAGAGUUUUUUUCCAAAGAGGGAGGGCGUUUUCUGUGCCCUGCCCCUGCUUAGCAGAAGUGGGGAUGUGGGGUGGGCUGUUUUAUCUCCAGUUUCUUUUUGUGCUUUUAUGCCCUAACAAGCGUAGCUGCCUGCCUUCUGUACAGCCAGCAGGCAGUCUUUCCGUCUUCAUCCUGGAUUACAUUUUGGGCCCCUUGUGAAGGAGGCAGAGGAGAGUUUCAGCACACAGUUGCGUUCAGGCUCCCCAGUCUUGCCAGCACUUAGCCAGCAUCCAGAGGACUUUCGUAGCCUUCCUGCCACUUGACCUAUAGCAGAACCUUCCCCCAACAAACCGCCCUUCUCCUCGCACGCCCACCCCCGCCCGCUUUUUGCAACAGACCACCGUUUUCGAUGCCUGCCUGCCUGCAUGCUCGCCCGGUUGCCUGCGCCCGCCUGCCUUUUAAGGUGCUCAGUUUAAUUGCUCUGCUGCCAUUUUAAUUUAUUUUGUUCCUUCGUCUGGCGUUUCAAGGCCCCCCUUCUCCCCUUUGCAUGUCAACUUGUAUGCGCUUGCGUUAUUUAUUUCUGCUUUUCACAAAGCCCAGCAUCAAAGCAAAAUUGCACUUUGCUGUAUCCCAACCCAACCCUUAGCCUGUCCCUUGGGUCUCUUCUUUAAUUUUGCUCAUGCGCUGCCGAUAAUUCAAGAAGAAGCUGUGGGGCGGGGGGAGAGGGCUCACUUGUUAUCAGCACUUCUUCAGUAGAGAGAACCUGACAUGGAUUCUACACGCUGCAUCCCUUUGGGCAAUCCAUGAGAAGUUUGUUCAAUGAGUGAAGUUUGGGUCGUUUUGGAUUAUAGACGCUUCUUCCGCCUACGGUUCCUGGAGCCAAUGGGGCGUAUGACAGCUGUCCAUUCUGGCAGUAGCCAACUAGUCAUUGAAUCAGCCCAGUACACUGGACUACCAAGUGUGUGGCCCCAGCCUCUGUUCAGAUAUGCAUAUUCCUCGUUUGAUGGGUUGUGGAUAUUUGGACUAUCACCGUUAAAAGGCUAAUAAAAAAUAACUUUCAGUUCACUUUAAACACGAUGCUUGAAGACGUAACACAGGUAGAGAAAGUCAUAUCGAGUACUUGAAUGAAGCCUGCAGCCGGCACCCGAUUAAAGCAGCUCUCCGCAGGUGAAAGCCCAAGGAACGUGUCUCAGCUGCAAACCCCAACGAUGGAUAAAAUGCAACUCCCCGUGGAGUCUCUUGUUGAACCAAAUUUAUUGGGCAAAAUUUGCCGUGGGUUUUCCAUUCAGAAAAAAUUAAUAAAGUCCUCCCCCAGUG